AUGUCACAUUCUACAAAUGCAAACAUACCAACGCAACAACUUCCAACGGAUGAAUUAGAAGAUAAUAAUGAUGAUGAUACAAUUACUGAUGUAUCUGAAAUAGAAGAAGACUGGGAGGAACUUGUUGAACAACUAGAGCAAAUUUUAUUUACUUUGGUACUUCCUUUGUUGGGACGAUGGCUGGCUUGGACAAGAUUUAUAAACUGGUAUUAUCAGCCAUCAUCAUUAUCUCUCGCUGAUAAAGUAGUUUCAAUACAAAAUCUUGCAUUCACAUAA